AUGGAAGACAUGAACCUUACGUUCAAAGUUGUUAUCGUGGGUGACAGCGGUGUUGGGAAGUCCAACCUCAUGACUCGCUACACAGCCGAUGAGUUCAGUCAAGACACGCCGGCGACUAUCGGCGUGGAGUUUAUGACAAAAAGCAUCAAAAUUGAAGGGCGGGACGCCAAAGUGCAGAUUUGGGAUACCGCUGGGCAGGAACGUUUCCGCGCCAUCUCCCGUUCGAUUUACCACGGAGCGAAGGGGGCGAUGCUCGUCUAUGACAUCACCAACCAAACAUCAUUUGAUUCCAUUUCCACGUGGCUUCAGGAGCUCCGCGCCUUCGUACCCGCCACGUGCUCUAUCUUUCUCAUUGGCAACAAAUGCGAUCUUGAGCACCUGCGUGUGAUCAAAAAGGAAGUGGCUGACCGCUUUGCCCGUGAAAACGGUUUGUCUUUCCUCGAAACCUCCGCGUUGGAGAAAACAAACGUAGACAAGGCUUUUGAGUGGCUUGCGAAAUCGGUGUAUGACCAUGUUGUGGCGCCGGUCGAUUCCGCUGCAACGGGCAAGCGGCCGCCUCUUAAUGCAGGCGCGGCAGCCAAAAAGCCAGUGAACCUUUCGCCUUCCAAUUCCAACCAGCCGGCUGGUAAGGCGAGUGGCGGGUGCUGUUAA